UUUUCAGCUAGAACAGAGUCUAGUUUCAGUUCAAGAGCCAUGUGUCUCCUCUCUUGGACAGACAGACAAGAGACUAUGACUAUACAGAGAGAGAGAGAGAGAUGAAUAGAGGUUGACUUUUAAUAGGUAUAGGUAUUAUCUAUUGCUCAGACAUGUGACUCGUUUGACAGGAUUUGCAAAGGAGAACAGGUAAUGUUAACUAUUUAGUGUACAGUAGUUAUGUUACAAUACGUUUUUUAAAAAAGUACCCCAAUAGCGAGAGUUUUCUGUUAAAUUCAAGAUUUUCCAAUUUCCUAUAUGACAGUUAAAAGGCAUGCAACAUGCGUCCCUCAUCCUGGAUUUAAAGGAACCUUUAUGUGCGAUAUAUUAUAACAUAUUAACAAAGUUAAAUGGUUAUUGCUUUCACAUUACAGUGAAGUUGUGGCUGAGGAAAGCUGAAGGCCCGAAUCCAUCAGUGUGAAGUGUUUUAGUUAUGCUUCUAUUAAUAGUGAAGAUGGCCAAGAAGCAAUUUAAGAAUUUUUCACUGAUUUUUUGGACCGGGAGAAGUGGCUUUUAAUUUCUGUCUGUUAAUAUAGUUAGCUUAUAUUGAAGUUAGAUAGCAAGCCUAAUUUCACAAUAGGUUUAUUGUUAUUGUUGUUAACGUUACUAAGGAGCAAACCAUUUUUUGGGAUGUAAUUGUUGCUCUAACAUUAAUCCAUUUGAGUUAAUGGCAAAGGCGGCCAUCAAUUUCAUCAUUGAAACAUACCAAUUAGCUCGUAACACAGUUCACAAUGCAAUAAAUAGGCCUAUCUGUUUCAACAAAAAUUGUUCAAAGACAGAAACUGACUUGUUUAAAACAUUAUUUGGCCAGUGUACAAUGUAAAAAACCAAUAGUUGCGUUAACUUGAUAUAACUUAUUCCCCCAGCUGCCUUAAAAAUUGUAUAGUUGAGUCAACUAAAAUAUUUAAGUUGUCACUUACAUUAAGAUUAAGUAACACGUUAAACUUACAACUAAAAUAUUUAUUCUGAAACAUAAGAAUACUGGACUAUUUUUAGCAUCCCCUGCUGGCCUCUCUAACACCUCUUCCUGCAGGAAACAGGUUUUCAGAGUUUUCUUAGCUUCAGUGGUAACAGGUGUUGGGCUGCCAAAUGGCUGAAAUGGCUUACUGUUAUAUAGCGUUUUAUUUUAUAAGCAUAAUCAUAAAAUAACCUGCACAGGUUCUUAUUUUGAAGCUGUGUGCACGAUGUGUAUUUUGGGGGUCUUUAAUCAGUGGAAGGUGUUUUAAAAAGCGACUGAACAAACAGGAAGUGGGUAGAUGUGAGAUGAGGGUUAAAAAGAGAAGUGUUACAUUUUCGUUCGUCUAGCACAAUAGCAAAGUAACUUUAUUUUGUUUGACUUUGUUAUGUAGCUUUUGACCAUCUUUGACUUUGUGACUCUUUAGCUCAAAAGAUAAGUUUUAGACAAAAAGGGUAUAUUUGCAUUUUGCUUAUAGCCUUUUAGACUUUAACCACUGAUUAGCCCCCUGCCUAGUGAAGUGAAAGCGCGUGCUAGCCGUGGUAAUACGUUUGUUUUUAGACUUGUCUGCUUCCUCAUCGAAAGACAUCUUGUUACAUUUUGCUAUAAUGGACUUUAGGCUGCUGCUGAUCUUUGUUCUUUCUACGCACAUUACAGUGUUCAGUGCUGAGAUCUCAGUGUUUGUGCAGACGGGAAAUUCUGUUGAACUGUGUAUACAGACACUUCCAGAGUUUGAUGAUUUAUCCUGGAGAAAAGAAAAAUCAGAGAUAAUAGUUAGAUAUACAAAAGAAACUAAAAGAGUAAAAUUUUACUCUUCCUACAAGGACAGAGUGGAUUUCAAUGAUAAAACCUUCUCUCUGACACUGAAGAACAUGCAGGAGACAGACAGUGGACUCUACACAGCAAGAGCGAGUGGAGCUUCAGACAAUGAUAUUGUUACAUACAGAGUAUCUGUUAUAGAUUCAGUGGAAGCUCCAGUCCUGACCGUAAACUCGAGCUGGUUCAGCCCUGACCCCUGUAGCUUUAUGUGCAAAGGGGGCAACAUUAUUAUCAGCUCCAUCUUUAAUAGUAGCAGCUGUUCUCCAGAGGAAGUGACAUCGUUGGAUAACUACACUCUAAGACUGAACUGCAGCGGUGACUCCAUCGUGUGUAACUAUAGCAACCCAGUGAGCUGGAAGACUAACAUAAAGAAAGCCAAUGAACUCUGCACUGCCAAUCAAAAAAGACGACUAGCUAAAGAAGCGUCGUUGCAGCUCCUUUGGUUAAUUCUCCUGUUACCAAUUUUUGUUGGUUUGUUGGCGUUGGUCAUAAAGAAAAAAGAAGGUGCCCAGCAGAAAGAACAAACAGUCUAUGUGAAGUUAACGUAA